UUUGUGUACAAUGGUUUUGCCCUUUGAACCUGUCAACGAGGUGACAAGCCAGAACCAAGGGGUGGUGGCGCAGCAGCAUUUCCCUCCUGGGAGGGACAGCUGUGCCUUUAACACGGUCAAGCGGUUGCUGCUUUAGUACCUAAUCGUACCACCCCCCUUGCAGAAUGGAGGCCCUCCGUUUGUUGGGGUGCAAAACCCAGUUUCGGAUGCUGGUUCGCAAAAAGAGCUCCUUUCUCGGCGCUUGGAGACUCCCCGGAACGUUUCUGGCAGGCAGGCUUGAGUCUCCCUGCAGCCAAACUAGCCAGCAAGUUAGGGCUGCGGCUGGUUCGGCCUGGCCUGGCUCACUUCCAGGAGCUCGCAGUCGAUUCUGCUUGAAAAGCGUCUCCUCCGAGAGGUUUGCCCCACGGCACUUCUUCUCUGACUUCAACAUACCUCCCAGCGCUGAGUUUGUGGCUAGACCGGUGGGGGUAUGUUCCCUCUUCAAGCUGCCCAUCCGGACUUCGGCGGAGGGUCUUGAUGCUGCUUUUGUGGGGGUCCCCCUGGACACAGGCACCUCCAACCGUCCCGGAGCCAGGUUUGGCCCUCGCCAUAUUCGAGCCGAAUCAGCAAUGGUGAGGCGAUUCAACCCGAGCACCGGAGCAGAUCCUUAUCAUUCUCUGAUGGUCGCUGAUAUCGGGGACGUGAAUGUCAACCUGUACGACUUGAAGGACAGCUGCCGGCAAAUCCGAGAAGCCUUCCAGACGAUAGUGGCGGGUGGCUGCAUCCCCCUCACGAUGGGGGGAGACCACACGAUAACGUACCCCAUCCUGCAGGCUGUUGCAGAAAAGCACGGUCCUGUGGGGCUGGUGCACGUGGAUGCCCACACGGACACAGGAGACCAAGCGCUGGGGGAAAAGAUCUACCAUGGGACACCGUUCCGACGCUGUAUGGAGGAAGGGCUCCUGGACUGCAAACGGGUGGCUCAGAUUGGGAUCCGAGGAUCCUCCUACACGCGAGAUCCUUACAAAUAUUGUUGGGAUCAGGGCUUCCGGGUGGUCUUAGCAGAGGACUGCUGGAUGAAGUCACUGGUCCCUUUGAUGGCCGAAGUGAGGAAGCAGAUGGGAGACCGGCCUGUCUAUAUCAGCUUCGAUAUCGACGGAAUAGACCCCGCCUAUGCUCCGGGCACCGGGACACCAGAAAUUGCCGGCCUUACUCCUGCCCAGGCACUGGAGAUCAUUCGGGGCUGCCAGGGGCUUAAUAUCGUAGGUUGCGACCUUGUUGAAGUGGCUCCCAUGUACGAUCUUUCUGGUAACACAGCUCUCUUGGGAGCUAAUCUGCUCUUUGAAAUGCUGUGUGUCCUCCCUGGAGUGAAGACGACGUGAGCCGUUCCAGGGAAGUCUCCCAUUCGUGCAGCGGAAACGGAAGGGAAGCUGGCCUUAGGACUUCAUACGGUCCCUUUUACCUUCCCUUUUGCCAGCCCCCCGCCUCUUCAAGUAUCUAUGACAUCAGCCCUGACAAUCUCAGCUUUUCAAAAUACGACUUCUCCUAGUCCUCAUUACUGCAGAGAGAAAAACACUGCAAGCAGCCUUGAGAAAAACCCUAAGGUUCCUGUUGCAUUAGUAAAGCUGCCAACUGCCAGGGAGGACGUGGAGUUCUCCUGGAACUGCAACCGAUCUCCAGGCCACAGAGACCAGUUAUCUUGGCUGCUCUGGAGGGUGAACUCAGUGUCCUUACAUUCCGCUGGGCUCCCUUCCCCAGGCUCCACCCUCAAGAGCUCCAGGAAUUUCUCAACCUAGAGCCGGCAACCCUAAUCACACCUGGCACAGAACGGGCAUCCCAAACUUGAGGCCAGCUGCAGCACCAACCGAGUCCCCUCCUUGAUUGAGAAUGUAAUAUUCUGCACAAAAAGCAAAUGUGAAAAUGUGUACAAGCCAGGCUUCUUACCUUGCAUAAUUCAUUUGGGAUACAGGAGAUGGGGAAAGGGGCAGAGAACUCCAUUAUUUCCGAAGGGAUUGGGGGGGAAUUGGCAAUGUCUCAUUAGUGCAGUUGUAUUUGUACCAAGAGGCUUCCUUGCCCCACCCCACCCAGGAAAUUUAGGUUGGCGGUCACGGCUCCACAACAGCCCACGACAACCUCAUGUGCCCAAGUGCCAGGGAGUCACUGUAAACCACCGUCUGAUCACACAUUAAAAUAGUUUAUUUCAGUUGCGAAUCUGUAAGUCUUAAAAGCAAAACAAACAAAAUCAGUGCCUGUUCACAAUACCACCCCCCCAAAGAGGAGACAAUUUUGCUCAAUAAAUUAUUUAUCCCGCCCCGCCCCGAGUAUCAAAAGUGCAAAAUGCUCUGCCUUCUUCUCAAACCGAUCCCACCUGGGUGGGUUCGGACUAGUUCCUGGUGAUGGUUUUACAGAAGACAAAAAAAAGAGGAUGCUGUAAGGCAGCUACGGGGAUUAUCACAUCUAUGGCGAAGGGAAAGCAAAUGACGGCACACGUGGGGGGCCAGACGCUAAACUCCACCUUCUGAAGACGCUCCGCUUCAGAUUCUUUGGGGAGGUGUAUGCUUUGGGACACACGCAGCAGAAGCACUUUGCUCUUUAGACUGUGAGAUAUGAUUACCGAGAGGGAAGGAAAAAUCAGUCCCUUUCAGACCAACACGAGUUCCUGUCAAUGGAUUUGUGAAGCUGGCAGACGUUUGCAGACCUUUUGGCAAAAAGGAAAGUGAGCCUGAGUUCCUAAGUUCCUGGCAGCCGCGCUUCACUUUGCAAGGUGUGUGUGUGUGGGGGGGCAGAUCGCCCCCUUCCUCCCUGCCACAUUCAAGUUCAAAUCAGGCACUCCAAACUGCCCCCCCAGCCCUCCCUAGUAUCUCCCCCCCCCCAGACAGACAGAGCAACUUACCCACAUAAGAUAAAACAUCAGAGCGGGAUGCAGGCUCCCUUUGCAAAAUUCCUUGGGCCUCGGCGCCCCAGAGAUGUCUGCCACUGACUGCUGUAACCCUGCCCAGAUAGUGAGCCAGUAACAAAUAGCUGUAGCAGCUG